AUGAUUCCAUCGUCAGAGAUAACGGAGGCGGCGAUGUUGAGGGAAGUGGAUGAAGAGGAGGAGGAGGAGAGGAUACGGCGUCAGAAGAAGCUUGAAGAAGCACUCGAGGCCAAAUCUCUUUGCCGCAUCAUCAGUGCUUACCUCAAUUACCCCGAGGCUGCGGAAGAGGAUCUGAAAAAAUGGGAAAGAUCAUAUCGGAAGCUCUCUCCUGCGCACAAGAUAAGUACAGGGAAAGUGGGGAAAAGUGGACAUGAACAGCCAGCAGGCGACAGACUGGUCCAUCGCCUCUCUCUGCCAGCUCUCCCUCUGCAUCUGGAUUUGAAUGUAAUCCUGAUCCUACUUCUGCUGCCUCCUCCUCCCUGCUCGCCUCCUUCUUCCAUAUACUGUGGGCUGCUUUGGUUCCAAGGAUUUGCUGUGAGCAUAUUUUCUGUGGUUCAAGAAUGGACUGAGAGGAAUGAGGAUUGUUCCCUACUUGAGGCAAUCUACGUGGCUCUUGAUGAGGUCGCAAAACAAGCUGAAUGUGAGAUAUAUGUGUACAACCCAAAUCCUAACGCUGAUCCUUUCCUUGAAGGAGCAAUACGGUCGUUCUGUUUCUUAUUCUACAACGGAAAACAGAAGCGUGUUGCGGUAACCUGGCAAUGA